GUGAGGAGAGGAACUCAAAUUUCUCUUUAUAUAUAUCUGUUUUGUUUAAUAAAAGGUUGACAUUUAUGAUUUUGAACCAUCAUCAUCCAACAUCUUGAAACCCUAGCCUUGGCGCACCUUUUGAUCUAAAUUCAAUCUUAUUAUAGUCGAAUUCAUUACUGAAUUUUGCUACCUCGACCCCUAAUUUUUCUCUCAAUUCGAACUCGAUUAGAGUUCGAUCUUUGCUUGAUCUUCUGUGAUUAAGUAUAAAGAGAGAGAAAAAGGGGGUUGGAGUUAAGGUGAGAAAGGGAGAGAUGACGAUUCUUUACACGCUCGUGGCCAGGGGAUCUGUGGUGUUGGCGGAAUUCAGUGGCACGCAUACGAAUGCGAGCACGAUUUCGAGGCAAAUUCUCGAGAAAAUCCCCGGAAAUAAUGAUAUGAAUGUUUCUUAUUCUCAAGAUCGGUAUAUUUUUCAUGUCAAGCGUACUGAUGGUCUGACUGUUCUUUGUAUGGCUGACGACGUUGCCGGAAGAAGAAUUCCUUUUGCUUUUCUUGAAGACAUUCAUCAGAGGUUUGUCAGGACUUAUGGCCGAGCAGUUCUAUCAGCCCAGGCUUAUGGCAUGAAUGAUGAGUUUUCAAGGGUUCUGAGCCAACAAAUGGAGUAUUACUCAAACGAUCCCAAUGCAGAUAGGAUAAACCGUUUAAAAGGUGAAAUGGGUCAGGUACGCAGUGUGAUGAUUGAGAACAUUGACAAGGUAUUAGAGAGGGGUGAUCGCCUGGACUUGCUUGUAGAUAAAAGUGCAAAUAUGCAAACUAAUACACUGCGAUUCAGAAAGCAGACUCGUCGAUUCAGGAGUACAGUCUGGUGGAGAAAUGUCAAGCUCACGAUUGCUCUCAUAUUGCUCAUCCUGGUGAUUAUAUAUGUUGUCUUGGCAUUUGUUUGCCAUGGGCUUACGCUUCCCACCUGCAUAUAAGCCGAGUGUGGAUUCAGUUGUUGGAAUUGCCAAUUCCAAUUCCAAUUCCAAUUCUGUUUCUUGGAUGGCUUCGAAACACCAUGUGAGUGAUUGCUCCGCCCUCUGUCUCUACUUCACCAGCGUGUGGGAUUGUUUCAUCUUUCGUGUGCGAUAUGUGUGUCAUUAUUUUUUACCGUAAUUAUUUACUGUCGGCCAGUUUGGUUUCCUCUCAUAUAGUGGGUCAAUUGUUUUUGGUAAGAACAAACUCUGUUGCUAUUGUGUAUUAUGUACCAUAACAAGUUUUGCUUUGUGUUCAUCCUAUUUUCGAGUAGGAUAUAUUGAUUUGGUUUGAA